CACUCUCAUCAUCCUCUCUCUCUCUCUCUCUCUCUCUCUCUCUCUCUCUCUCUCACUCACUCUCUCUGUCUCGCUCCCUCUGUCUCUCACUCCAUUCCUUUGGGCUCUGCAUCCUUCUUGCUUCUUCUCACAAGUCAGAUUGUGUUUGUAAGUACGUGCUGAAUGUCUUCGUGUGGAUGCUUGGGUUUCCUUAAGUAUUUUUUGUGUGUGUGAGUGACUGCUUGGUUACUUUAGAGUGAGUUAGUGGAGCAGUGAGGUGUAUCAAGUGUAUGUGGGUCUUUGUCUCACCCUCACACACUCGCCGCUCCUCUUGCAACUCUUCUUGGGAUCUGUGGAUCCCUUUCCUCGGUGACAGGCUCCCCACACCAAGCAGUCACCAUUUCCGCCCCCGGGAGACCCACGCUGGCAGCGCAGCCUCUUCCCCGACUCAGCAUCGGGAGGAAGACCCUGGUGGCGGCUGCCGUAGGGGUUAUGCUGGUCCUGGUGCUGGUGGUGCUCAUCCCCGUGCUCGUCAGCUCCGUGGGUACAGAUGCCAGCCACUAUGAGAUGCUGGGCACCUGCCGUAUGGUGUGUGAUCCCUACAUGAACAAAGGCACUCCAGCCAGCAGCACGAGCUCCACCGGUCUUCAGGCUGAAGCAGAGGCGUUGAGUGACCACAGCAAUGUGCUUCCACCCUCCACCUUACUGCAGGGCCCACAGGGGAAGCCUGGCAGGCCAGGCAAGCCGGGACCACCUGGACCACCGGGAGAACCAGGGCCACCAGGGCCACCAGGACCAGCUGGACCUCCUGGUGACAGAGGAGAUCAAGGAAGGACUGGGAUUUUGGGUCUGGGGGGUAACGGAGCUAUUAGCACAGCCACCUACAGCACAGUACCUCGGGUGGCCUUCUAUGCAGGGCUUAAAAAUCCCCACGAAGGCUACGAGAUCCUCAAGUUUGAUGAUGUGGUCACCAAUUUGGGCAACAACUAUGAUGGCAUUUCGGGCAAGUUCAUCUGCAGCAUACCGGGUACAUACUUCUUCAUCUACCAUGUGCUGAUGAGAGGAGGGGACGGCACAAGCAUGUGGGCAGACCUCUGCAAGAAUGGCCAGGUUCGUGCCAGUGCCAUUGCCCAAGAUGCUGACCAGAACUAUGACUACGCCUCCAACAGUGUCAUCCUCCAUCUGGAUGCAGGAGACGAAGUGUACAUCAAACUGGAUGGAGGCAAAGCCCACGGUGGCAACAACAACAAGUACAGCACCUUCUCUGGCUUCAUCCUCUACGCAGACUGAGAACACACAGACACAGAGACAGUCAGACAGGAAGAGACUCAGACUAAGUGUAGUAUGACGGGGGGGAGGGGGUGUAUGUGUUAAAAGCCUGGAAUGCUUUCUAGUUUUCCUAAUUCUCUCCAUCAUCACGGACACCUCUGCUUCGUAUCCAUCAGUCAAGACAUCCAGGUUCUGUAGCCAAGUCUGGAUGCAAAGCUCCUGAGGACUGAGAGGAGCUCGGUUGGGCGUGUGUGGGAGGAGUGGGAUGUUAGGUGGAGGUGGGCCGGUUUUUCCACACUCCUUGCCACAGUGCCACUGGUCAAAAGCUCCUCACUCUCAGUGUCUCUCCUCUUUAGCCCUGCUCCAUUGCACAGAAAUAUCAACAAAUAUGAAAACCCUGCUAAGUGGAUGAUCUCACCUCUUCUCUCCACAGCGGCAGCAGUCAGCUGCAGUAUCAGUGGACUGAAGUGACUGAAACUUAUAGUGUUGUUCCGUGAAAUUUUCCUUAGAUUGUGUUUUCAUUUUGUAGACAUGCAUAAUAUUCAACACGAGCAAGAUUUAAAAAGAAAUAAAUAAAUAAAAGAGAAUAUAUUUGUCCCUUGUGAAGAUAUCCUGUUUGACUGAGAGAUGUUAUUUGUGAUGCAGCUCAGAGCUCUAACAGCUGGAAAACAAAUCUUUAAAUCAAGAGUUUCACUAUUUCAUAGCAGUGUGUGUUUUUCUUCAUUUCUAGGUAAAACAAGGUAACUAUUAUUCAUGUGGAGAAUAACAAUACAUUCUGCACUUCCAGUGUAUCUGAAGAAGAAAACAUCUAAUAUAGACAAUACCCUAUCCAGAAACCACCUCACACUGUUUCUGGCACUGUCACAAAUGUCCUGCUGCUCUUCAGAUUAAAGGAGGGCAUAAAUAAUCUUUUCAAUGUUCUAGCUUCAUGUAGAUGUUCCACUCAGCACAACUAGUUAUGUGAUACAGAAAAUUUUCAAACUCAGAGGUAACCCAAUUGAAGAACGCCAAUCCUUUCCUCUUCUCUGUUAUGCCGACCUCCAAGGUUUCUUGCAAGGUAUUAAAAAUGAAGAAGAAGAAGAAGCAGCGAGCAA